AAGCAGGAUUAGGCGCACUAACCCCGAUUAUUGAGAAAACCCGGCCUGUAAACAUGGAGCACCAAUUUCUUUUGCUCUUUUUAUGGCUUUGUGGUGCUUUAGAUGAAAUGAGGACCGAUUCAGUGAUGGAGGGAUAUCUCAACACUCAUGCUCUCCCAACUCCUGAAAUUAUCAGAAAGUAUCGACCAUGUACAGAAGGAUCAUUAAGGACAAAGUGUGUGUUGGUGUGUUCAGCGAAGAACGUUCCAAAUGCAACUCUAACCUUGUAUAACGGAAGCAGUUUAUUCUCCAUGACUAAAGUUUCUGAUAUUAACAUCGAUCCCGUUCUAUGUCUGGAGGUGGAAAAUAAGGAUAAAAACAACUACAGCUGUGUGUUCAACAAUCACAUCAGCAGCCAGAUUACACGUCUCAACAUCACGCAACUCUGUCAGACAUGUUCACCUACAACACAGGCACAGGUGUUGGUGAUGGAGGGAGAUGCUGUCACUCUGGACAGUAAUUUUACAGACUUACAGAUGGAAGAUCAAAUCCUGUGGAUGUUUGGACCUCGAGAGAGACUCAUUGCUGAAAUUCUUAAUAAACAUGUCUACCUAUUUGGCUAUGAUAGUGGGAGGUCCAUUGACAGACUCCUGCUUGACAGUCAAACUGGAGAUCUCGACAUCACAAACACCAACAAAACAAUCUCUGGAAUCUAUAAACUACAGAUCAACACUCAUCUGCCCAUUCCUGUCAUCACCAGAGAAUCUCCACAAUGUUCUUCAUCAUCAUCAGGAUCAUCAGUGUCCACAUGUGCACUGCUGUGUUCAGUGUUGAAUGUGAGUCAUGUGACUCUCUCCUGGUACAAAGGAAACAGUUUAUUGUCCAGCAUCAGUGUGUCUGAUCUCAGCAUCAGUCUCUCUCUACCUCUGGAGGUGGAAUAUCAGGAUAAAAACAGCUACAGCUGUGUGCUCAACAAUCCCAUCAGCAACCAGACUCAACAUCUGGACAUCAGACAGCUUUGUUCAGCUCAUCUGCCCAUUCCUGUCAUCUCCAGAGAAUCUCCACAAUGUUCUUCAUCAUCAUCAGGAUCCUCAGUGUCCACAUGUGCACUGCUGUGUUCAGUGUUGAAUGUGAGUCAUGUGACUCUCUCCUGGUACAAAGGAAACAGUUUAUUGUCCAGCAUCAGUGUGUCUGAUCUCAGCAUCAGUCUCUCUCUACCUCUGGAGGUGGAAUAUCAGGAUAAAAACAGCUACAGCUGUGUGCUCAACAAUCCCAUCAGCAACCAGACCACACAUCUGGACAUCAGUCAGCUUUGUUCAGGUUUGCUGGCAUUUGAUAUUAGUGUUCAUUUAGUAAGCUAUGGCAGUAAACAGAUAAUAGGGAAGGUGAUGCAACAGACGGUCUCAUGGCAGGCGCUUCAGCCCGAGUGA